AUGGGCUUCAAGCUCCUCCCAUCUUUCCUCUACGGGCGAUUGCGUUUGUUGACAUGGCGUUCCACGAGCUCCCGCUUCUCCUCCUCUCCCUGCCCCGCCGCUGCCGCCGCCGCUUCUGAGGUGGCCGGAGCGUUUUUUGGAUCCCGUCGAGUUCAUCAGUGUCUCACCGCCGGCCUGAAACCUGCCUUUUGGCAACCCCAGGAUGGCUUCCACCGGGAAGAGCUGGAUUCCUCGCCCGAGCUUUACUCUGGCGCCGAUGUCUUCCGGCGAGGCUCCUCACGGGAGUUUCGACAGGUGACUCCUGAGGGCUAUGCACAAGUUGUCGUGAGACUGGUCAUGGCGGGGGAUGCUCAAGGAGUGGAGGCUCGCGUGAAAGAGAUGGUCAAGGCCGAUCUCCCGAAUAUGGAGGAGGUCCUGGGCUUCCUGGUGAGUGGGUUCUGUGGAGAAGGAAGGCUGUCAGACGCUUUGAGGGUUUUUCGAGCGGCGUGCUCGGAGGGCCGUUUGCCAUCAAUUUCAGUAUGCAAUGGCCUCAUGGAUUCUCUUCUGGCUGAGUGGGGAGAUCUCAACUCUCUUGUGUUUGUAUAUAAGGAAAUGGUCAAAGGUGGUGUUGUACCCAGUGUGGAUACCGUUAAUUGUCUUAUUGAGGCGCUGUUCCGAACUGGCCAUGUCGACGCAGCAAUAGACCAGUUCCGCAGGAUGAACAGGAGGGGAUGUGUGCCAAAUAGCAAGACAUUUCAGACUGUGAUGUUGAAUCUUUGUGUGAAUGGUCGUGCUCAAGAGUCCUCCAAGGUUUUAGAUGAGAUGAUCGAAUGCAGAUGUAAACCUGAUCCUGAUUUUUUUGGUAGCAUUAUGCCUCUUUUACGCAAGUUUAAUACAUCAAUUGAAGCAAAGAAGCUGUUUAAAAUGAUGAGAGCUUUUGGUGUUCUUCCGGAUCUGUUUAUCUACUGUGAUUUGAUUCACUGCUUAUGUGAGAAUGGAGAACUGGACGAUGCAGCUUACCUUGUUGAAGAAAUGUCAGAAAUGGGCAUAGCUCCUGACAUCGAUGCGUAUGUUUCCGUCGUAAAUGGGUUUUGCAAAGUUGGUAGAUUUAAUGAAGCUACUAUCUUUCUAGAGAGUAAUGAUGUUUUUGAGCCUCAACCUUACAAUGCCCUGCUCAAAGCUUACUGCAGUGAGGGAAGAUUUCCUCAUGCGGGUAAUUUUCUAACGAAGAUGUUUGAAAAUGGUGUUGGUGACAACAUUUCGUGGAAUAUUCUAACAAGGGCACUUUGUGAUUCAGAAAAUCCUAGAAAAGCAUCAGAGGUUCUCAGUAGGAUGAUCACCUCGGGAUAUCUGCCUGAUGAAGUGGCUUUUUCCUCUCUUAUAGCUGGUUACUCUAAAGCUGGUGAGAUCAGCAACGCAUUGCUGUGUUUUCAGCAUGUUCUUGCUGAAUCAUGGGUCUUGGAUUCCGAAUCCUACUCGAGUUUUAUUCAUGCUCUUUGUCAUGAGGAAAUGAUUCAAGAAGCGAUGGAUGUUUUCUAUUAUAUGUCUGGCAAAGGCCAUAGCCUCCCAGCAGCAUCACUUAACUUACUCAUUUCUCAUAUCUGCUGGAAGGGAUUGAUUACUGAAGCCAUCAAGCUGCGAUCAAUUUCGUUCUGCAAUGGAUCACCUUCUAGCUCUACCACAUUCAACUCAAUCAUCCUCAGAUUGUUGGAAUUGAAGAGACCACAGCAUGCUCGAGUGCUCUUCUCACAGAUGUUAGUGGAAGAUUGCGCAUUAGAUGUCAAAACAUAUUGUCUUUUGAUCAGAGGGCUGUGUACCACAGGCGGGACAAAAAAUGCCAUGCUCUUGUUUGCUCAGAUGAUCAACAGCAAUCUUGCCCCAGAUUCGGAAACAACAGUUGCCCUUUUGAAUUGCCUGGAAGAGUGUUCUCAAAUGCAUAAAAUCGUUCAUUCAUUAGAUAACCUGGUUGAGCAAGGACAGGUCCUUUGCUCUCCGGCAUACAACAUAGUCAUUCGUGCAUUAUUGAAAGAAGCCCAUAAGGACGAAGCCUGCAAAUUCUUGGAUCAAAUGCUAGAACAAGGUUGCGUUCCAGAUGCAGAUACACAUGGAUUACUAGUUGGAAACAUUGGUGGAGAAAGAAAAGACAAAUCACGUCAAACAGGGACUACAGAUGAUAGUGUGACCAAUAUCUUGGUGGAAGGACUAACAGAUGCUAAUGAACAUAUUGUUGAUGAAUGA